AUGGAGGAGCCACUCAAGCAGGGAGGGCCUUCAGAGUCUGCUGGCAGCAAGAAAAGCAGCUCUAAGAAGUUCCAAAAGCUAUCCCAGGAAGAUCGGAAGAUCGCCUUGACGCCCCUGUCCCGGCCACCCCGGGCCUGCCGCCCCGCCGGGGAACCUCCCGGGGGCCCGCGCAGGAUUCGGCCCAGCAGCGCUGCCGUCCCGCCCGGAGGCCCCGGGGGACCCGAAGGGGCGCGGGGAGGCCCGGGGUGCGGGGGCAGGGGGCAGGGCGCGGCCGCUGCGGGGCCCGCCGGCCCGAGGCCUAACCGGCACCCCCACCCCCCCGCCCCGCUCCACACCCCUACCCCGGCCCGCGCAGGCCGCGCCGCUCGCCCCGCUCCGGCCCCGGCUGGACCCCUGGCCGGCGGCCCGCCGUCGUUGCCCGUGGGCGCCCCCCAGGCCCCCGAGUCCCCAGCCCCCGCCACCCCGGCGCCGGCCCUCUCACCCUUUCAUUCUCUGCCCGGGGCCUGGCGCGGGCCGGCGAAUCCCCGGCCUCACGUAAGCGUGCUCGCCGCCCGCCCUGCCUGCGCGGCCCAGCCCGCCGCCCUACGGGAGCCCGGGGAUGUGGGCCGGGCCUGGGGCCGCUUCUGCUUACCUUUCAGCUGCUUUUUUUUUUUUUUCUCCUUCCCCCCUUUUCCCUCGGCUGGGCUGACAGAUCAGAGUGAGAGGCGCUGGCAAUGGACUAGGAAGCUCGGCUGCCGCUGCUACGGCUCCCCCCGGGCUCCGGCGAGAGCCUUUCCCUGUCAAGCAAGAGGGUCCACACCGGCCGUCUCCACCGGCGCCUGGGGGAGAAAGCGGGGAAGAAACUGGGGGUGCCUGAGAAACGUUUGCGUUUGCUCCAGGGGGGAAAAUGUUUCUGCAUCUUCUGAUGGAAAGAAAUCUUUACAAGACACAGGUUUUCCGAUCUAAGUUCUGGGUUUGAUGGUCAGUUUAUAAAUUUGAACUUCAAGAGACUUCCUAGCCACUUUAUUUGCCUGCUUAUUUAUAUGUUUUUGUGUAGAGAGAUAUUUGUUUCCUUAUAUAUAAAAAUUUGUGCUAUAUAUUCCCUUCCAAACUGCGAUUGCUGGAAGACAAUUGUAAAGGGAUGUCUUUUGUCUCCUUUUCCCAAAGCAGUGUAAAUAAAACCUAUUGACUGUCCAGAAA